AUGGCGGUGGCGGGGAGCGACUUCGCGAUAGUGGCGGGCGACACGCGCCUGUCCACGGGCUACAGCAUCUACACGCGCUCCGCCUCCAAGAUCUUCCGCAUGUCCGCCCUGCUCCCUGCUCUCCCGCCCCCCGACCUCUAUCGCUCAUCUCCUUCUCCCCGCUCCUAUUGCUCCUCCGCCCACGUCGCCCUUAUCCCCACCACCCUCUCUCUCCUCCCCUACCUUCCUCAACUCCCUCUCCCCCUCACUCCCUGUUCGCCUGUUGGUCUGUUCCCACAGCUACUCCUUUUUCCAGCCGUGUGUCGCUGUGCUGUGGAAUUCAGCCUCUCUCUUUCCUUUCUCUGCCUCUGUUGCCUCUCAGCGUCCCUUCUCGCCCCCUUUGCCUUGCGUCUUCCUCCCAACCCCUCAUGCGCUGCACCCUUCCCCCUUAACCUCCGUUGCACUGCGCAUUCCCCGUCCCCGCUCCCACCCCACUUGCCCUGCGCCUCCCCUUUUCUUCUCCCACCCACCCCCACACCUUUCCGCGCGCCCCCUGCCCGCCAGCUCGGACCGCUGUGUGCUGGUGAGCUCGGGCUUCCCCCCUCACCCCAAUUGCCCUGCGCCUUCCCCUCCCCUCUCCCACCACCCCUCUCCGCGCGCCCCCUGCCCGCCAGCUCGGACCGCUGUGUGCUGCUCGGACCGCUGUGUGCUGGUGAGCUCGGGCUUCCAGGCGGACCGGCGCAUGCUGCAGAAGGUGCUGCACCAGCGGCACGAGGUGCGCAUGGGGGGCCGGACAUGUGGGGAGCGGGCAUGGUGGGGCGGACAUGGGUGGUUGGACAUGGGGGUCGGGAAGGGCAUGGGGGGCGGGCAGCAGGGGCUGGGCAUGGGGUGGGAAGGUUGAUGGUGCAGAAGGUGCUGCACUUGUACUCCACCAUGAGGUGUGCGUGGUGUGCGGUGGGUGGGCAGGCAUGUUAG